GAAUGGGCGUCGCCUGGGAGUGGCACAUCUGUGGAAUGAAGACAAGAGUUUCCUGCGUCAUUCACCUCGGGCGAAGAAAUCACAGAAGUGAACGUUUCAAGAACUUAAAGCACCUCCGGUGAACUUAGCAGAAGUUGGAUUCGUUUUCUGAAUUGAUGUCUGCACUCAUGAACUUCACAUCGCUUUGGAAACAGAAGAGAAAGGCUGAUGGAAGGUCACCUAAAGGAGACUUGAAGGUGGCAUUGGAUGAGUGUGUGGCAGCUCUGGACCUAUUUCUUAGCAACAGAUUUGAAGAUGCUCUAACUAAACUUCAGUCCAGAGCCAAAGACAGCAUGUACCAUUCUCUGACUUAUGCCACAAUAUUGGAAAUGCAAGCUAUGAUGACCUUUGAACCUGAAGAUAUUACUGUUGCUGGCAACACUAUGAAAGAUGCCCAGAUUGUCUGCGAAAAAUUUCGGAAGAAGACGACUGUUGUGAACUCAAUCAACAGUUUGAUGAAUAGGCAUGCUGCAGAACAAUUUACUGAAGAGGAGAUGCAUGCUGAAGUCUGCUAUGCUGAGUGUUUGUUACAGAGGGCAGCUCUCACUUUCUUACAGGAUGAAAACAUGAUUAGCUUUAUUAAGGGCAGCAUCAAAAUAAGAAAUAGUUACCAGACUUACAAGGAACUUCUUAAUAUUGUGCAAUCUUCCAAAUAUACAAAAGGAGAAAAUUCCAGCCAUCUUGAAGGAGGUGUUCAACUUGGAAUUGGGGCUUUUAAUCUAACUAUAUCCCUAUUACCAACAAGGAUUCUCCGACUUUUAGAAUUUGUUGGAUUUUCUGGAAACAAGGAAUAUGGUCUAGAACAAUUGCAGGAAGGAGCAUCCACAGAAAACUUUCGGGCUCUCCUGUGUACCAUGCUGCUUCUUUGUUAUCACACAUUCAUGAGUUUUGUAUUAGGGACAGGCGAAGGUGAUGUUGAUGAUGCAGAGCGGUUACUAUUACCCUUUCUCAAACGGUAUCCAAAGGGUGCCAUCUUCUUGUUUUUUGCAGGAAGAGUUGAAGAAAUCAGAGGAAACAUAGAUGCGGCUAUUUUGCGCUUUGAGGAGUGCUGUGAGGCUCAGCAACACUGGAAGCAGUUUCAUCACAUGUGCUACUGGGAGUUAAUGUGGUGUUUUACUUUCAAACGUCAGUGGAAAAUGGCAUAUUUCUAUGCGGAUUUAUUGUGUAAAGAGAACUCAUGGUCCAAGUCAACUUAUAUGUACAUGAAAGCAGCCUACCUCAGCAUGUUUGGGGAUGAGGACUUCAAACCUUUUGGGGAUGAUGAAAUUGAACUAUUCAGGAAAGUGCCAAGUAUGAAACAGAAAAUCGCUGGGAAGUCUCUGCCAACAGAGAAGUUUGCGAUCAGGAAGGCUCGACGGUACAUUUCACAAAAUCCAGUAAAACUCCCCGUACCUGCUCUGGAAAUGAUGUAUAUUUGGAAUGGCUAUACAGUAAUUGGGAAGCAUCAAGAUAUGACUGAAGGUAUGCUUGAGACACUUAAUGAAGCCGAGAGAACACUUGAAAAUGGCCCAGUAACAGAGUUUCUGGUUGAUGACCAGUGUUUGGUGAAGCUACUCAAAGGCCUUUGUCUGAAGCACUUGAAUAAAUUUUCAGAAGCAGAGCAGUACUUCCAUUGGAUUCAUACAAAAGAGCAGAAGAUCAAAUAUGACCAUUACUUGAUUCCAAAUGCCUUACUUGAACAUGGUCUCCUUUGCAUGCAAACAGGAAGAAACGAUGAGGCAAUAAAAAUUCUGGAAAGUGCAAAGCAAAAUUACAAGAAUUAUUCAAUGGAGUCAAGAACACAUUUUCGAAUUCAAGCCGCACUACUAAAAGCAAAAUCGCUGAUGCACAAUGGAAAUCAAUCAUUGCUUUCUACACCUUAAAAUCAAAUUAUUGAUUCAAGAGAACUACAAGCAAAAUGUUUCCUUCUUUGGAGAUUGGUAGACAAAAGUAGGUGCAAAACACAACAGAUUCUCGAAAUCUGAAAUAAAAUUGGUAAAAACUUUGGUUCUGAAGAGUCAUGUUUGACUUGAAACAAUAACUCUGUUCCCCUCUCCACAGUUGCUUUCAGACCUGCAGUGUAUUUCUAACGGUAAUUUUGUGUGAUUUACUGUAGUACAAAAAUCACUAAUCAGGUUCACAUGGUUUAUGUACACAACUGGGCAUUACUCUUGCUUGCUGUCUAAAAGAAAUGUAAUAUUGUUUUGGUGAUCUACAGCGCAAUUAUUUAGACACUUCAUCUGUGUAAGAAUGUAAAUGUAUAAUUCUAAUUUGAAACUACAUUUGCACCAGACGUGGAUCCCUGAAAGCCACAACCAUGGAUACAUUUUAACACCCCACCUCUCCAAACUUGUGUACCAAUCAAACUCAAGUCUACAAAACUUCACGAUAUUGGUUAUUAGUUUAAUACAAUCCAAAGAUGAGAGAGGUUCUGUUUUAGACUAAGUUAUCACUUGAAAUGUUAACUGGUUCUCCCUGCAGAUCAGAGUUUCUCCAGAACUUUGUUUUUAUUUCAGAUUUCCAGCAUCUAUUAUUUUACUUUGGUUUAUUUAAACCUGAUUCAAUGGUGUAAACUGCCUUCAUUUAAAUUGGGAAAAUAACACAAAACAGUUUUAUUAUUCUCAAUUGCAAAGACAUUGGUUGCAACAUAGGAAGCCUGUUUCACGAUAGAAACAAGUAUUAAAAGUAGUUCACGUCUAGUUUUUGGUAUAGUUAGGUAUUAUAUUUAAUCACCUUUAAAUUUUGCUGAAGGUGUUCACAGUUCUGAACGUAAAUACAGAAACAGGUUGUUUUCCUGCAAGUAAUUAACUUCCUGCAAAGAGGAUACUUUCCUAGCUAAAUGAUAUUUAAAAGUUAGGUUCGGAGUCAUUACCAAACUCAAAACAUGAACUUGGUUUCAGUCUGAUCGCUUGGAGUAGCAGCAUUGAUGGAAAGGGAAACAAACGAUCAAGGGAAGGACUGGACACACAAUACAGCCUUACCAUUUCAAAAUCACUUAUGAAGUCUAUGCUGCUUGCAUGCAAAUGAUCCCGAAAAAGUUGGGUCUGGAUACCAAAAGUUUUAAGGCUCGUUCUUGUAGCAAAAUGGAACAUGCUUGUCUGGAAUAGAUCAUAGAUCAGAGAAUCCCUCUAGUGUGGAAACUUCCUUCAGCUCAGCAAGUUCACACUGACCCUGAGAACAUCUGUCGUCCCCACCACCCCAAAAAAAGACCCUCCAAAUUUACACCACCUUGAACACUACAGGCAAUUUAGCAUGGCCAAUCCACCUAAUGUGCACAUCUUUAGACUGUGGGAGAAAACUGGAGCAUCCAGAGGAAACCCACAUGGUUUGGCACAAACUCCACAAAGACAGUCGCCGAGGGUAGAAUCUAACCCAAGUCCCUGGUGCUGACAGGCAGCAGUCCGAGCCACCAUUAGUUGAUAACGAAUGCAGUUGGAGAAUGGGGCUUUUGUGUUUAUGAAUUUGAGAGAUGUACAUAUCUUAGUAUCACAAGUCUUUUUUUCCUUCCCUCAACUCUUGUACUCAAUAUUCCGUGUGUUCUCUGAAUGAGGUUGUCACCUUAUUGAGAGUUUGUUGAUCUGGCAGUCCUUGGUGUGGAAGUCACGGGUUGAACAUAUUCUUGAAGCUUACAGAAAAAUUGGAGGGAGACCUGUUGCGUUCAGAUAUUAUUACUGGACUGGUAGAGGUAGUAAUAGCCAUAGUGUUGUGCUCUCAGAGCAAAAUGAGAAGGCAGGACCUUAAUGUUGAUCUCAGCCACUGUGGUUUAGUAAUCUGAAGGUCCUGGCUAAAAUUCUGGGGAUGUAGUUUAAAUCCCACCCUGGUAGCUGAUGGAAUUUAAAUUCACUUAAAAUGGAGACAAUGACAAUUAUCAAGAAUUAUUUUAAGAAAAAAAAAUGCCCCCUAUAAGGAAGUAAAUCUAACACUUCUACUUGGUCUGGCUUAUGUUACAGCAAGGUGAUCGAUUCCUAAACUGACCUCUGAACUGGCCUAGCAAGCUACUCGGUUCAAAGGCAAUUAGGGAUGGGCAAGAAAUGCUGACCUCACCAGUGAUGGCCACAUCUCACCAAAAGAAUAAAGUAAACAACAUAUAACCCACAAUUUCAGUUGCACCAUUACCAACAAGAAUUUUAAAAAUGUUACUUAAAAAUCCUUUCUUUCGAAGAAAGCCCAAUUCAAGUUUUCUCCUGCAUUCCUCAUAAAUAUCACCUGAAAUAGUAGGACCUUUUUGGAGUGCGAAAGGUUACUUGCAUCAUAGGUAAUAGCCCUAAUGUCAAAGGCCCAAGGCUAGUUGGCUUUACAUAUUUAACUGAUGACUGCUAUUAGUUGCAUGGGACAUUAUACAUACUUAGCCUCAAGUGAAUGUACUUUUUUUCCCCAAAAACCAAAAUUACUUAGAUUUUGUGGAAUUAAUUCUUGCUUUCAUAAUCUGGGCAAAGGUAACAAAUAGCAAUGCAUUGCUACUGUGAAUACAUUUAACAAAAUUAUUUGAAGUAUUCCAUUUAUUGCCUCAAUUUUCAAGUAGUCCAAUUUUCCUUUGUUCUUCUGUGUCGUAUGCUUGCAGUUCUUCGUUAUUUAUUUUUAAUCUUAUUCUCCAAGUGUACAGCUGUGAUUUGAGAUAACACUCAAAAG